AUGUCAAAGAGACACCAAAAAAAUAUAGAAAAGCAGUUGUUAGAUAUUGUCAACAGCAGGGGUAACGACAAUAGAUGUGGUGAAUGUGGGGCCGAGUAUCCAACGUGGGCGUCGCACAAUUUGGGCAUAUUCUUAUGUGGACGAUGUGCUUCGGCCCACAGACGCGUUCUUGGCCCCCCUAACUACAAAAUAUCAAAAGUUAAAUCUUUGACCUUGGAUGACUGGUCGGACCAACAAGUGAAUAAUUUGCGUAGAGUGGGCAAUGCUCGAGCCAAGAAAAGAUGGAAUCCCAAGAGAAUCCCUUUCCCGUUUGAUGGUGAUGAUGACGUGGCGGCGGUUGAGCAAUAUAUUAGAGAUAAAUAUAUUUUGGGUAAAUUCCGUGAUGAUGAUGUUGACCCAUCCGAGUUUGAUGAUGACAGAAUGAGCAAAUAUAGUAACGACGAUAACCAUUCUCGACGCUCAACAAGACUGAGGUCAAACAGUACCAGGAGCAUACAACAGUUGCCUAAGUUGACCCAUCGAAAGUUGACAACAUAUGAGUAUGGCCAAUAUCAAGUACAACAAAAUCAAAUGCGCAGCUUUGGAUACCAAGAUAGAGAUGCGGCGUUGGAAAGUUUGUUGCUAUCAAAUGGUGACGUUGAGUUGGCAAUAGAUAUAUAUAAGCAAGAUGCUAGAAUCAACCCAGCUCAAGAGGAAACAGCUCCGGGAUUGCCCAGCAGACCACGCCCCACCACUACGCAAACGCAAUCUACAACAUCAAUAGGACCUGUUUCUUCCAAUUCUGAUUGGUGGAGUAAUCCCAGCUCGGCUCCUGGAUCAACUACUGUAUUAUCCUUGCCAACGGGUCCACAAGCAGCACCUCAAAUAUAUCAGUACACUGAUCCAGUUACAGGUCAAGUGUCAUACGUGGACUCGAAUGGACAGGAGUAUUUGGAUCCAAAUAACCCUCUGCAUCAACAACAAUUGAUGGGUAUGACAAACCCCCAGUUGAUUGCCCAACAGACCAACAAACAAAACAUUAUGUCUUUGUAUAACCAACCAGCGGUGCAAUCUCCUCAAUCGCAAGGAGCACAACAACCUCAACUGUACUUUCCACAACAAAAUGGUUUAGCACAGCCAGCACAAACAGGGAUGAGCCAACCAGGUUUCGGUUAUAUACAACAACCCCAACAACAGCAACAGCAGCAGCAGCAUCAGUACACUGGGUUUGGUCAGGCACCUCAGGCCCAAUUCACUGGGUUUGGCCAGCCACAACAAACGGGAUUUUACAACCAGCAAGGUUUUCGGUGA